GGGGCAGUGCUUGAUGGAGUGGUGGUAUAACUAUCAUUGAGGGAUUCUUCAGCGGGGGGUUUGUUUAUUUCUCAUUUUUUGUUGGGGAUUAUAUCGCAGACUUCCUAUUAUCAUAUCUGCAUCUUGCUUCAAAACCUACCGAUAAUCACUUUACACGCAUCUUGAGAGCAAAAUGUAUUCCCAAAUUCUCCCCAUCUUCCUCGCUACUCUCCUCUCCCAAACAACAACAGCCCAAACCAUCGACGAAGAGAUCGAAGCCCAAAACAAUGCCGGUGCAGAAGGGCCCUCCUCCGAGUCAUCUGUGGGCGUAUCCUCAGAGGGCAUGAUCAUUCUCUGCACGAUAGUCGGCGUCGUUGUUCUCAUCGGAGUGUCCUCCGCAGCGCUCUUCGUCGUCGCGAAAAGACGCCAAUGGGCUAUGCGCGAGACGAUCUCUCGCUCUGCGCGCCAGGUCACGCAAGCUAUUAAGACGCCGUUGACGCCUCGGUUUCCGCGGAUGAAGCCUCAAGGGCAGAAUACUGAUGGUGGUGCUCACCGGGGUACGGAGGGUGUUGCGAGGCAGCAGACGAGGGACGUUGAGAAGGGGUCUGUGAGUGACGAGGAUGUUAAGAAGAAAGGGGAUGACCGUAGGGAGUCGAGGGGGUGGGGAUCGCGUUUCUCGUUUAAUCGAGGGUAAGUUCCAUAGGCCAGACUAUGCUAUGGUCUGAUGUUUUGUUCUACAUACUUUUCUUUGGCGGAUUUGGUUGUCGCUGUUGUGUUGUGUUGCUGGUCAACGCUUCUUGUGGGUUACGUUACUUACACUGUCUACUAUGGGUUGAGUGAUAUUUGUGCUGGGUUUGGGUAUAGCAUGCUCGGAGUUUGCUUUCAUGAUUCAUGUUUAUGAUUCGGGGCUUGUAAUUGCUAUGUAUUCCAUAUGUCUAUACCAAAAGAUGGUUUCUUCCCAAUAAUC